CUCGACUCUGGCUCCAACAACACACAACUCCUGCCCGACCAUCAAAUCCUCAACACCAACACCAACAACGUUUCUGACCCAAACGAAUCUCCCAAAAUGGCUGACGAGCAGACCUUCAUUGCCAUUAAGCCCGACGGCGUUCAGCGCGGUCUGGUCGGCCCAAUCAUCUCCCGCUUCGAGCAGCGCGGCUACAAGCUGGUCGCCAUCAAGCUGACCAAGCCCGGCGCGGAGCACCUCAAGGAGCACUAUGCCGACCUGAAGGACAAGCCCUUCUUCGCCGGCCUAGUUGAGUACAUGAACAGCGGUCCCAUCUGCGCCAUGGUCUGGCAGGGACGUGAUGCCGUCAAGACUGGCCGCACUCUCCUCGGCGCCACCAACCCCCUCGUCUCGGCCCCUGGCACCAUCCGCGGUGACUUCGCCAUCGAUGUCGGCCGCAACGUCUGCCACGGCUCCGACAGCGUCGAGAACGCCAAGAAGGAGAUUGCCCUGUGGUUCAAGGCCGGCGAGGUCGUUGACUGGGCGUCCGAGAACGCCAAGUGGAUCUACGAGAAGCCGUAAAUUUCCCAACAGGCAAAGACCGGAGACUAAAAAAAUGGGUGGACUUUUGUGGUGUUCGGCACGUCUUCAAGGAAAAUGAGGCAAAGCUAGCCACGUACUAGAUUCAUCAGCUGUCGGAUCAGAGAAGCAGGAACAAUGCAAACAUGAUCGAGACUUCGUACCUGUGUUAAGGACGAUUCGGGCCACUCUUGGCAUCGCGCUGACCAGCGUAUGUUUUUCUGUGACCAUGUGGAC